CACGUCAGUGGUUCCCGUAGGCAGGCGAGGUCUCCGAGAGGCCCGGGAGGGAGGGACGGACGGAGGCCGGGGGAGAGUGAGGCCGAGUCCACGGCGAUCGCAGCCGCCGCGCACAAAGCCGCCGCCGACCACCCCCCCCCGACCCCCCCAGGCAGGGCCGGGGAUCCGCAGAGCAGCCACCGCUCCGGGAGCAAGCGCGGCGAGCCGCUCGGCGCCCCCUAUGCCCCCGCGCCCCCCGCCGCCCCCGCCGCGGCCGCCGGAGCGCAGCGAGAGGAACGCCAUCACCGCGGAGCCCGGGCGCAGCUAGCGGCUCCCCGUCCCCGGCGCGCAGCCCGAGGUGAGCGGUGAGCGGUGAGCGGUGAGCGGCGAUCGGGACGGCGGCGAGGCGUUCGCGGGCCCCCUCCUGCUGCCCGGGCCCGGCCUGCUCAUGGCGGCCAUCCGCAAGAAGCUGGUGGUGGUGGGCGAUGGCGCGUGUGGCAAGACGUGCCUGCUGAUCGUGUUCAGUAAGGACGAGUUCCCCGAAGUGUACGUGCCCACGGUCUUCGAGAACUACGUGGCCGACAUCGAAGUGGACGGCAAGCAGGUGGAGCUGGCGCUGUGGGACACGGCCGGCCAGGAGGACUACGAUCGCCUGCGGCCGCUCUCCUACCCGGACACCGACGUCAUCCUCAUGUGCUUCUCGGUGGACAGCCCGGACUCGCUGGAGAACAUCCCCGAGAAGUGGGUGCCCGAGGUGAAGCACUUCUGCCCCAACGUGCCCAUCAUCCUGGUGGCCAACAAGAAAGACCUGCGCAGCGACGAGCACGUCCGCACCGAGCUGGCCCGCAUGAAGCAGGAACCCGUGCGCACGGACGACGGCCGCGCCAUGGCCGUGCGCAUCCAAGCCUACGACUACCUCGAGUGCUCGGCCAAAACCAAGGAGGGCGUGCGCGAGGUCUUCGAGACGGCCACGCGGGCCGCGCUGCAGAAGCGCUACGGCUCCCAGAACGGCUGCAUCAACUGUUGCAAGGUGCUAUGAGGGUCUCACGGGCCCCUCCCGCCCCUGCCAGCGCGGCUCCCCCUCCCUGGCCCGCCCAUCCCCCCCCCCCACCUCCCGCCUUCCCCACGAGCCAGGAGAAGGGGAGAUCCGCGGCCCUCCUCUCCCUCCCCCACCACGGACCCUCCACGGACUGCCUGGCGUCUGCGGGUGGCUCUGGUGUGUCGCGCCAAGAACUGGCCUGGGCAUGGGGGGCCCCCCCCCUUUCCAGCUUCUGUAGGCGACUGGCGGUGUCGCACGGGCCUGGGCCGCCCUCCACCCCAUCCCACCCCCCUCCCCCGAGUGCCAAGGGGGUCCCUGAGCAUCCUUUUCUGAAGAGCCAGGCCUCAGAUUGUGUGACUGCGUGUAUGUCGGACUUCCCCCCCCCCCCACACUCCAUUUCCACCCCGCCCCCGGGCCUCUGGUUCCCAGGGCCGCGCCCCAUCAGAUGUGCACCCAUUACCAGCCAGCGAGUGCGAGCUAUCCCUUGUCUGUAACAUAGACCCUGGGAACUGCGGGAGGGGAGGGCUGGGGAGGAGGGGGGGGAGUGUUCCAUACAUAUAGAUAUAAUUUUAUUUUCGGAGGUAAGAUGGUGUUAUUUAAUGGGGGUGGUGAGCAAAGCGACCAGGGUGUGCCAACGGCUCCAGCCCAGGCUGGAUUGGCGCCCAUCCCAAGCAUGAAUUGGACUUGACCAUCCAUCUGACCACUGGGGAUAUUUGCAACUGACUUUGGGGCUGAGAGGAAGCGGCCUCCAGACACUGCGACUCCUGAGGGCCAGCCCCCCAGCGAACCCCUCACCAGCCGUCGGCAGGAGGAGGGAGGGUGUGCUGCGGGGUUGUUUUUGCCAUAAGCGAACUUUGUGCCUGUCCUACAAAGUGAAAAAAUUGUUCAGUCCAAGAAACUGAUGUUCUUUGGUUUAUUUAAGGCUAAAACUUUUUUUUUUGUUCUUGUUGAGAGAAUUCUUUGCACAAUUGUUUCAUUGUUUGAGACUUAAUGCACUUGUCAUUUGCAUAAGACAGUAGCAUUCAGACCACACUUGUAUGCUGUAACCUCAUCAGACCUUUUAUUUUUAUUUUUUAAUGAUGAUGACUUUUAAAAUUAGGAGGGGGGGAGGAAGCCCUACUAAAUUUUACUUUGUUUUCUUGAAAAAAAGUGGCAACACUGUUUUGUGAUUUUUAUGUGCGCAGAUUAUGCACAGUAUUUUGAUAAAGGAAGGUAACACACAUUGGGACCUAUUUAAAACUUUUCUUUUUCACAAGGCAGUGUCUACAGCUAUGUGAAAUUUUCUGUGCAUUUCUGUACAGAGAAUAGACCUCCCAUUUCCUUUUUCCCUUCCCAGCCCAGUGGUACUUCUACUAAAAUUGUUGUCUUGUUUUUUAUUUUUUAAAUAAACUGACAAAUGAUAAAGUGGUGAGCUUAUGAUGUUUACAUAAAAGUUCUAUAAGCUGUGUAUACAGUUUUUUAUGUAAAAUAUUAAAAAACUAUGAUGAUGACAUUUA